AUGGGUCAGAGUUUGUCCAAUUUCUCUCAAUUCUUCCCACCCAAGCCAACCUUCACAGAGGCCAAUAUCCUGGACCUGAAGGAUAAGGUAUAUCUUGUGACAGGCGCAAACACCGGUGUUGGCAAAGAUGUCGCUCGGAUACUCUAUUCAAAAAACGCCAAAGUGUGGAUUGCUGCGCGCUCUGAAGAGAAGACAAACAAGGCAAUUGAGGAGAUCAAAAAAUCAUCACCAGAUUCUAAGGGCUCUCUAAGCUUCCAUCAUCUGGAUCUUGCCGAUCUCAACUCUGUAAAGAAGUCAGCAGAACAAUUCAUUGCAUCGGAAAGCAAGCUGCACGUUCUGUUUAGUAACGCCGGUGUACAGUCUCCCGAUGCUGAUGGAAAGACUGCGCAAGGACAUGAAAUCCACGUUGGGGUUAACUGCCUCGGAACAUUUUUGUUCACUAAGUUGCUGACACCAUUGCUGGCUAAUACCGCUAAGGCCGCAGACCCUGGAACAGUCCGCGUCGUCUGGGUUUCUUCCUUCGUGGACCUUGUCGCGGAUAAGAGAACGGGCUUGCCGCUAGACAAGAUGGACUUCUUGAAGAUAGGGUCUCCUUUGGACAGGUAUGCCUACAGCAAAGUCGGCAAUUACUUACACGCGGUCGAGUAUGCCAGGAGACAUAAGGAGGAUGGUAUCAUUUGUGUUCCUCUGAACCCUGGAAAUCUUGCAUCCGACCUCUACCGAGACCAAGCCGGAAUUUUCAAGUUCUUUGUGGGCCUCAUCGUGCACCCUGUUAUUAAUGGAGCAUACACAGAGUUGUUUGCCGGGCUUACUCCCAAGAUCAGCUUACAAAACACAGGAGCCUGGGUGAUUCCAUUUGCCAGGCUCUCGGCGAUCAGGAAGGACCUUGAGGAUGUUCUGAAAACUGAAGAACAAGGGGGUACAGAUGCGGCAAGGAAGUGGUGGACAUGGUCUGAGGAGCAAGUCAAGCCAUACGAGUAA